GAAUAAACCCAAAAUCUCAAUCCAGAAAAGUCUGCACCUUUCGGCAGAUUUUUUCAGGUACCGCAUUUCACUUCUUUCUACUUUUGUAUGAUCUGUCUUUCCACAUUUUCCUGCUUUGUUUCUUCUAUGGCGUUGGAGUUCUUGGUUUCUCGUCCAAGUCGAACAUCAGAUCUGCAUCUGCAUGUGGAUCUGUGAAUCGAAACGGUUUCGUGGGUUUUUUCCUGUUUAUCCAGAAGGAACCGUAGAUAGGAUAGGCUGAUCAGUUAACCUGGCCUUGAAGAGAAAGCAGGACCCAUCUCUUAUAUUAGGACGUGGAAGAUGAUUGAGAAGAAAAGCUUUGGGCGUGUUUCGCCUCUUCUAUUAGUAUUUCUAGCUUUAGGAUUUUUCUUUGCAGCAUACAAUUUGUUGUCCAUGAUAACGCACAAUAAGGCAUAUGGUUCUGAGAAAUGGUUGUGGGAUGGAAUGGAAUUAUCUGGUGUUACUGAUCUGCCUUUGGGGAUGAGAAAAGCCGGGAGUUCCCAUUCCAAGUUUCAUGUUGCCCUUACAGCAACAGAUACUCGAUAUAGUCAAUGGCAGUGUCGGAUUAUGUACUAUUGGUAUAAGAGAGUAAAGGAUAUGCCUGGAUCCGAUAUGGGAAAGUUUACUCGUAUUCUGCAUUCAGGGAAGCCAGACAAUUUGAUGGAGGAGAUUCCAACCUUUGUUGUUAAUCCUCUUCCAGAGGGUCUUGAUCGGGGUUAUGUUGUCUUAAAUAGACCAUGGGCUUUUGUUCAAUGGUUGGAAUCAGCAACAAUUGAGGAAGAAUACAUUCUAAUGGCAGAGCCAGACCACAUAUUUGUGAAUCCUUUGCCAAACUUGGCACAUGGAGACCACCCAGCUGGGUACCCUUUUUUCUACAUUAAACCAGCUGAGCACAAGGAUAUCAUUAGAAAGUUUUAUCCUGAGGAGAACGGUCCUGUAUCAGAUGUUGAUCCAAUCGGCAAUUCUCCUGUGAUCAUUAAAAAGUCCCUACUGGAGGAAAUUUCACCUACAUGGAUGAAUAUUUCUUUAAGAAUGAAAGAUGAUCCAGCAACUGAUAAGGCCUUUGGAUGGGUUCUAGAAAUGUAUGCAUAUGCAGUUGCAUCAGCAUUGCAUGGAGUACGGCAUAUACUAUACAAUGAUUUCAUGGUGCAGCCACCAUGGGAUUUGGAAGUUGGAAAGAAAUUCAUUAUCCAUUAUACUUACGGAUGUGAUUAUUCUUUAAAGGGGGAAUUAACAUAUGGGAAGAUUGGAGAGUGGCGUUUUGACAAGAGAUCGUAUCUUACCGGACCCCCACCUAGAAACCUCUCCUUGCCACCACCUGGAGUUCCUGAAACUGUGAACUAUCCACCUCUCAUUGCUAUGGUUCUUUUGCUGUCAUUGCCUGCAGGUGAGACUAGUGAAAAUGGUGAAUGAAGCAACUGCCAAUAUUCCUAAUUGGGGGGACAAUUUAAACCAAGGCUAAGAUCAAACAUCAGUAGUCCAUGGAUCGUUUGUUGCUAUCAACCACACUAAAGAGUGACCUAUCAAUACAAAGUACAGGUGAAAUAAAAUGAAUUGAAUUGGUCAAAUCACAAAAUUUGGUCCCAAAACUUUCAAUUUUGGACCACAAUGGUCCUUGAACUUCAAAAAUUACUAAUAUAGUCAUUGAACUUGAAUUUUGCAGUACUCUUUGGGGUUAUGGUCAUGGUUACUCUAUUU